UCGCACAAGAUACCCAACUUGGUUUUUCUUGUUCAUCUCGACUUCAGUCCGCAACUGCUGCUGCAUUUCUUGACCUACUUUUUUUUUCUCGCUCUUUGUUGUUGUUGCUGCUAUCUAAUUCAUCGUUUCGAGGCACGUUGCACUCGGACGGUCCCAUCCCGCACAAGGUGCUAGGUUUCCUGUGCUUCCUGUCCCACAGCAUCCGCUCCGCCCCUGCUAACUUUCAUGUUCCUUUUCGUGCCGCCUUCACCUACAUUCAAAUGUGCCUGUCUUGGGUACCGCCCCAUCCCAUGUGCACAUGGAUAAUGGAUUCAAACCCCAAUUGUAUUUCAAAUGUGCCAUUGUUGAUGUUACAAUUAUUAUUGCAUGUAGAUUUUCCUAGAAUAAAACUGCUGCUACUUGAUAGAAUGUAUAUUGAUGGAGAGGGGAAUGACGCCCAAAUGUUUUCUACGACGCCGUCGACAAAGAUACGCAAAGUAGUCUUCAUACCACCUCGCUGCGCAACGCCCGUAAUCCAUCUCUCGACACCAAUCGUUACAUCGUGUCCAUAUCAAAAGGGUAUCGUUACCCCCGCCGUACUCCAACAGGGAUCCCUUUGCCACAUGAUGCACGGCAACCGUGCUAACGCCAGACUCCCCAUGGUACCCUGGACGUGA